AUGGCACCACCUGGACCUCUGAAAUCUGAUCUGGAGAGACAAUAUAUGUCGUCUACCAGUAGUACAAAGUCAGAUGUCGGUACUAAUAAUGGAACCAAAAAAGAAAUUGUGGUUCCACAGCCUAGUUCUAGCAUCCUCCUCAUCUCUCCCACCAACCAAAUCCUCCUCCUCCACCGCCUCCACACCUCCUCCUCCUUCCCCUCCGCCCACGUCUUCCCAGGCGGAAACCUCGAUUCCUACCACGAAUCCCCCAUUCCCUCUCCUCUAUCCCCCUCUCGCCAUCUCGAUUCUGACGUAUACCGCUUAUGCGCCAUCCGGGAAUGUUUCGAGGAAUGCGGGAUACUUUUAGCUCGUGGUCGUGGUACUUGUUCUGAGGAUCAGAAUCAGGAUCAGGAUUUGCGUAAAGAAAGUGCUGCGCAAUUAAUACAUAUAGAAGAAGAAGAGCGCGAACAAGCGCGCAAGGAUGUACAUUCUAAGAAAAGGAUAUUUGGGGAUUGGGUUACAAGUAUUGGGGCAGAGCCUGAUAUAGCUGGUCUAAUACCUUUUACGCGUUGGAUCACCCCUUCGAAUUUACCUAGGAGGUUUACUACGCAGAUGUAUAUAUAUUUUUUGCCUUUGGAGGAUUCUUCUUCUUCUACUUCUUCCUCUUCCUCUCCUCUCACACAAAACCAAACCCAAACCCAAAAACAAACACACACCCCCAAAUCCGACAACGGCAUCGAACACACAGACGCAGCCUUCGCACAUUGCUCCACCUGGCUCGAACAAGCGCGGAAAAAUGAGAUAAUUCUUUUUCCGCCGCAGUUCUAUUUGAUGUAUUUGCUAGCGGAGUUUUUGGUUAAGCCGGGUGUGGGGAGGGAGUUUUCGAGGGGGGAGUUGGAGGGACAGAGGAGGGAGGUGCGGGGGUUUUUGGUGAGGGAUGGGGAUGUGGAUGGGGAGGGAGGAGAUGGGGGAAGAGGUGUGAAGUGGGGGGAUAAAGUUAUUUGUCCGAGUCCGGUUGUUUUGGGACAGGGAGUGGGAAUAGGAAUAGGGAAAGGGAUAGGGGUGAAGAGGGCAGAUGGAAGAGUAGUAUUAGGGUUAGAUAAACAAGGGCCGGAGUUAGAGGGGAGCGAGAGAAGAGGUGAUGAUAAGAGAGUUGUGCUAGUGAAGUUUGGGAAGGAGGGGCCUAGAGAUGUGGAGGUAUGGGAUCGAAGGGAGGUUGAGGAGGAGGGGGUGAGAGGGGAGAAGGAGAGGGAGAGGGAUGGGGAUGGGGAUAGGGAGAGGGAGAGGGAAGAGAAUCUGGGAGGAGGAGGAGAAAAGGGAGGGGGAGGGGCGAAGUUGUGA